GCCAUUUUCACCGUUGAGUAAGAGCACGCUGCUGUUCUGGAGAGAGGAGAGGAAAAAGAAAGCUCCGUUUCUGGAUUUUUCCCCGAUUCCUGGGCACGUCUCGGUCUUUCUUUUUAUCUCUCGGUCCAUGUGCCCAGGUGUCGAAUGAGUGAGGCUUUCGGUGGUGGGACACAAUGGGGCAAAGAGCCUGUGGCAACUGGGCCGUUGUCCUCCUGAGAGGGGGAGGGGGAAGAGAGAAGACCGGUGCACAGAGCUAACGCAACUAGCCGGCCUCGGGCCUCUUCUACCGCUCUCUCUCUCUCUCUCUCUCUCUCUCUCUCUCUCUCUCUCGGCGAACAGGAGCUCUCUUUUCGGGACUCGUCUCAGGACUUAAAAUCUUCACUCCUCUCAGGAUUAUUGUGGACUUCCUGUGGAUUUAACAUGCGUUCGGUGCACUGGAUCUCAGGACACGUUUAUCUGAACUGGAGAUUUGAAAGCUAGCUGUGCUCAUGUUUUGGUUUGGAUUAGAGCAGUCCAUUUAAAAAAAUAAAAUAAAUAAAAAGUUUUCAGUUUUUUUUCUUUCUUUCCUCCUUUCGGUUUUGUUUUCUGGAGACAGGAACCUAUAAAUGGAUUACAAGAUGCAUUCCAAGUCCAAUGAUUUGCUGGAUUUUCAGACACUGGAUGCCCUUUUGGAAAAAAUUGCACACUAUUCAGCAGCUGUCAAAAGAGAUCCCAGCGAGGAGUGCAAUGGAAUCGGCGGCACUCUCCCUGCAGAGGCCGCGCCCGGCUCGAGGCUGAACGAGUGGUGUCCCGUGGCCCCUCCUCUUCCUCCUCCACCUCCACCUGCCCCGGUGCCCACGCUCCAUCCAACCAGUAUGGGUGACGGUCUGGACGCCGCACCAAUGUCAGGGAGCAGCAGCAGCAGCCAGGGGCAGUCCCAGCCCCAGUCUCAGCCCUCUCACAUCUUCAACCCCCCUCCCCCGGAGGUCGUCAAUUCAUCACAGCCAAAGCGCCAGACCAACCAGCUGCAAUAUCUGCUCAAGGUUGUGCUCAAGACGCUGUGGAAGCACCAAUUCUCAUGGCCCUUCCAGGCUCCUGUAGAUGCUGUCAAGCUUAACCUGCCUGACUAUUAUAAAAUAAUUAAAAGCCCAAUGGACAUGGGAACAAUCAAGAAACGGCUUGAGAACAGUUACUACUGGAACGCCCAAGAAUGUAUUCACGAUUUCAACACCAUGUUUACCAACUGCUACAUCUACAAUAAGGCGGGGGAUGACAUAGUCUUAAUGGCAGAGGCACUGGAGAAACUGUUCCUUCAGAAGAUUUCAGAAAUGCCCCAAGAGGAGAACGAGAUCACCGUGAUGACUCCCAAGGGCCGUGGUCGGGGCAGGAGGGACGCAGGGUUGAACUUGAAACCCCCUGGACCCAGCUUGGAUUCUCCAUCGACGACCCCUCAGACUCGUGGCAUUUCUAAUCACGGAGCAGGGCCACAGACUAGAGCACCCAUACCCAUACCAGGUCCUCCAGCUCUCCCUCCGCAGGUGGCUCUGCAGCAAUCUCUACCCCCUCGCGUUCCCCCUACGAUCCCCCAGCUGGCUCCAUCCUUUCCGCUCGGCCCUUCAGACUGCAACCCUCCGAGCACCAUCAUGACCUCGGUGCCUCCCCCUACCCAGACUGCCCUUCCACCCAUGCCCAUUCAACCCAUGCCCAUUCAACCCAUGCCCAUUCAACAGAGUCCUGCACCGAUGCUUCAGAGCGUUAUGCCUAAAGUGAGUCCUCAAAGAUUAAAGCAGAGAAAAAGCCAGAAGAGAAAAGCAGAUACGACAACCCCCACCGCUAACGACCAGCUAAGCGAGUCCUCUCCCGCAGAGUCCAAGUCAGGAAAGACUCUCCCUCGGCGUGAGAGCGUACGACCGUCGAAACAGCCGAAGAAAGAAGCACCGGAUUCCCAGCACCAUCUUCCCUACAGUGCACCCGCUGGCCCCAACAGCCCUAAACUGCUGGAACAGCUGCGCUACUGCGUGGGCAUCGUGAAGGAGAUGUUCGCUAAGAAGCACGCAGCUUACGCAUGGCCUUUCUACAAACCAGUGGAUGUAGAGAGUCUGGGACUGCAUGACUACCACGACAUCAUCAAACACCCCAUGGACCUCACCACCAUCAAGGACAAGUUAGACAACAGGCAGUACAGAGACGCGCAGGAGUUUGCUGCAGACGUGCGGUUAAUGUUCUCUAACUGCUACAAGUACAACCCUCCAGACCACGAGGUCGUGGUGAUGGCACGCAAGCUGCAGGAUGUGUUCGAGAUGCGGUUUGCUAAGAUGCCGGAUGAGCCUGAGGAGGUCUUUACCCCUGCACCUGCCCCUGUGCUUCACCCUGCGGCCCCUGUGAAGCCCCAGCCGCCCAUCGCCGCCGCCUCGUCCUCUGACAGCUCCAGUGACUCCUCGUCCGAGUCAGAAUCCUCCACCGAUGAUUCAGAGGAGGAAAGGGCUCAGAGGCUGGCGGAGCUCAAGGAGCAGCUCAAAGCAGUCCAUGAGCAGCUGGCAGCCCUGUCUCAGCCCCAGGCCAGCAAACCAAAGAAGAAAGAGAAAGACAAGAAGGAAAAGAAGAAGGAUAAGCACAAAAAGAAAGCCAUCCCUGGACUGGAAGAGAUCCUCGAGCCUCCUUCUGCUCUCCCAACGCCGAAGGGCAAGAACAAGAACAACAAGGAUCCUCUGCCCAAGAAGACCAAGAAGCCAAGUAAGAAGGAGGGCAUAAAGAACAACCGCUCCAUUCCUCCCCCCGGCACCGCACCUCCCACCCUGCAGCCAGUGCCUGGUCUCGAUCCCGUGGAAGAGCUGGCUCUGGGAGGGGGACCAGGAUCCGCCGGCUUGGUGCCUGCUGAGAAGUGUAAGCCCAUGUCCUAUGAGGAGAAGAGGCAGCUGAGCCUCGACAUCAAUAAGCUGCCUGGGGACAAGCUCGGACGCGUGGUCCACAUCAUUCAAUCUCGCGAGCCUUCGCUCAAAAACUCCAACCCGGACGAGAUCGAGAUCGACUUUGAGACGCUAAAACCUUCCACGCUGAGGGAGCUAGAGAGAUACGUUUCGUCCUGUCUCCGCAAGAAGAAGAAAGCUCCAGAAAAGGCCAUGGAGACGAUGAGUGUGAAACCGAAAGGCUCAUCUUCAGACUCGGGCAGCAGCAGCGAGUCGAGCUCAUCUGACAGCGAAGACUCCGAGUCAGGAAUGGCCACUAAAUUGAAGAAGAGAGGUCACUCUGCUAAAGAGGGGAAGAAAGGUCACCACCCGGUGAUGGCACCAAACAUGGUCCAGCCCCAGGUGCCCCUCCAACCCCAGGCUCCAGUCUUGCAGCCAACUGCUCAGCUAAAACAGCAGCAGCAGCCACAACCACCACCGCAGCAGCAGCAGCAACAUCCAUCUCCUGCAGCGUACAUGGCUCCUCCAGUCACAGCGUUGGAGUCGUCCCAGCUGCUUGAGAACACGUUUGACUCUUUGCCUCACUUUGGACAGCCCCUCAUGCACAUGUCCCACCAUGCCAAUGACUCCUCCUCUCCUGCCCCGCCUCACCUCAACGCUCACACAGCAAGUGGCCCCGGGUCACCUGACACACACCCGUUCUUAAACCAGCACCCUAUCCUACAAUCCCCAGCUCUGCACAACGCUAUGCCUCAGCAGCCUUCACGUCCCAGCAACAGAGCAGCGCCGCUCCCUGCCAAACCUCCUCAGCCCACGACUCCCCAGCAGCCCCUGCAGCUCCAGCCCCAACAGCCCCCUCAACCCCCUCAACCCCAGCACCACCUCCCUCCCCACCUCCUGCACCCCCCUCAGCCCAUUCGCCAGAGGCCGCUGUCCCCUCCUACGCUCACCCCGCAGGGCCUGCUCUCCUCACAGCCUCCUCAGUUGCUGCUCGAGGAUGAUGAGGAGCCCGUGCCUACCAUGCCCCUCAACCAGGUCCUCUACCUGCAGCAGCUGCAGCAGGGUCGGCCGCAACAACAGCAGCAACAGCAGGUCUCGCUCAUGCAGUCCCUCCAGAGCCGUCAGUCACAGCCACAGAGCCAGGCUUCCCUGCUGCAGACGGUGCAGGUGCAGUCACAGAUGCCUGUGCAGACCCAGCUGCCUGUCCAAACUCAGCCCCAGGCCCCUCCAGCGCACCAGCCCUCGCCACAGAUGCCCCAGCAGCACGCACCCAGACACAUGCAGCAGUCGCAAAGUCAACAGCAGCAGCAGCUGGCUUCUUUCUCACAAGGCCCAGUGCAGACCACGCAGACGCAGCCAGCGCAGCACAAGGUGGCCAUGACUCCCAGUAAAGCGCAGCAGCAGAUUAUUCAACAGCAGCAGCAGCAUCCUUCUCCACGUCAACACAAACCUGAUCCCUACAGCACAGGGCAUCUGAGAGAGAACCCCUCUCCUCUUAUGAUCCAUUCCCCUCAGAUUUCCCAGUAUCCUCCUGUAGUCCAUCAGUCUCCUCCGCAAAACCUCCAGCCCAAAAAAGAGCCGCAGCGAGGGCCGCCAGCUCUCGGGCCACUGAAGGAGGAGAAGCAGCCAUCCUCGCCUGUGAUGAGGAGCGAGUCCUUCAGCCCGCCCAUACGGCAGGAACCACACAAACAGCCUGAGAACAAGACGCACAUACCAGGCCAUGGCCAGCAGAGACCAGACAUGAAGCCUCUCGACACUUCUUCUCGCCCCGUAAUCCGCUCCUCAGACCAGAGCGGUCCACCUCCCACCAUGCCAGACAAGGACAAGUUCAAACAGGAGCCCAAGACUCCUGUGGCUCCUAAAAAGGUACAGGAUGUCAAGCUGAAGAACAUGGGCUCAUGGGCCAGCCUGGCGCAGAGGUCCACGUCUACGCCAUCCUCCGCGGUCAAAUCGAGCAGCGACAGCUUCGAGCAGUUCCGCCGUGCAGCCCGGGAGAAGGAGGAGAGAGAGAAAGCACUGAAGGCUCAGGCGGAGCAGGCUGAGAAGGACCGGCUACGCAGAGAGCAGGAGAAACAGCGGGGUCGAGAUGAUGAAGAUUCGAUGGAAGUGGCUCGGCGGCCCCAUGAGGAGCAGCGGAGGCGCUCGGAGCACCAGCAGGCCCAGGCUCCUCCGCCACAGCAGCAGCACCAGGCCCCGUCCCAAACACCGAACCAACAGCCCCAGACGCCGUCCGCCACGCAGCCGUCACAGCCUCCCCCUCAGUCUCCAGCCUCCAGCCAGAGCGCCCUCGACCAGCAGAGAGAGAUGGCACGCCGUCGCGAGCAAGAGAGGAGGAGGAGAGAGGCGAUGGCAGCUACCAUCGACAUGAAUUUCCAAAGUGAUCUAAUGGCUAUCUUCGAGGAAAACUUGUUUUGAAAUGCACGAGGAGGCACGAGAGACUGCAAACAAAAACACAAACAAAAAAAAAAAACAAAACCGCUAACGGAUUCCUCUGCAUAGAGCAAAACGGACUGAUGAAGCAGUAAGGGAAUUUAAAAAAGAAUAAAUAAAGACCCCAACUGAGAGCAUGAGAAAAGCGGCACAGAUGGCACUGGGCGAGCUGAGGCCUUGACAGGACGCCCCCUGUAUUCUUCGCAGGGGCGGGAAAAAGACGGACCCUCGAGCUGGGACAUCGUUGCCUCUCUGGCAUUAUUCCUGGAUUUAAACCCGUAUAAGUAGCAGGAAGGAGAGGACGUUCACAUGGGGCACUCUUUCGCACGAAUGGGAGCAAUGUUUGGACCUUGAUAUCAGUGGAAGUAUAUCGAAGUGACAGCAGUUUAAAUGUACUGAUUUACUUGUAGUAGGCUGUUCAUCAACUGCCAGAUGUGUGAGGGGUAUUGAGGUUUUUGUUUUGUUUCCCCCCCCCCCCUUUUUUUAUCUUUUAUUUUUUACUUUUUUUUUCCCCCCCCCCAACCCAAGCAAGCGAUUUAUGCUCACAACUCAUGAUCAUGACGUGAUCUCAGGUGAGGAGGAGGAGGUACACGCCGACAUCCACCGUCACCGUACACAGCAUUCACCAUCCAGGGGUUUUGAACAGCAGGAACAACAAAAUGAUGAUGAUGAUGAUGAUACACCGAAACACAAGUGUUAUCACUUCUUUGUUUUUGCAUUAUGUAGGAUCUACUGUAAAAAUUCUUAUUUUCUUAAAGGUUACUGUUUUGGUUUUUUUUAAACCUUCUUACCAACACUUAACACUUUCUUCUGAUGUCUAUGCCAAACAAGAGUCCUAGUCCCUGAGAUUUUUUUUUUUCCAUUCAGUGCGUCUUUUUUCUUCUUCUUCUUCUUCUUCUUCUUUUUUAAUAUAUAAAUAUAUUUUCUUGUCCUCCACACCAGACGUGAAAGUUUAGGUAGCCUUGUUAGUAGAAUAUACCUAAUAUAUACAUUAUUCCGACAACUGAAGAUGAAAAGAAAAAAAAAGGUUAAGUUAUACUUUAAUCCAUCGUCAGAGGAGCUGUUUACCUGUUAUCCUUGAGUUUGGGAUUAAUUUUCGAAAGCGUACAGUGCUACAUUACUUUUGUGUAUUAUACAUUUUAUAGAAAGAAGACCUGAAAGCAUCUGGGAGUGGUUCACGUUCACGCUUACCGCAUUUCUAGAAAUAAUCGUAAGCUCGAGCGCGUAUGAGCAGCCGGCUGACUCUGAAUCCUCUGAGACUCGUCUGAAGUCGCCUCUCGAGCACUCGGACGUUACAUGCAUGUCUCUCUACUUCUCUCUGUCUCUCGCUCGCUUGUUCUUUUCUUCUUUCACAGAUCAUUUCACGAUACCAGAGGGGACUGUACGCUGUUCUAGACGUGACGAAUUACAAGAGAUUUUGAAAAACCGUACAAAAAAAAUGCAACAGUUCUGAUUUUAUAUCAUUGUUCUUGUUCAAUUCUAGUGGAUGUGAGUUCUAAUUAUGUUAUUUGAGUCAGAUCUAAGGGUGGGCGGAAGGGGAGGGCAGGGUGGUGUUUGAGGGGCACACUUUAAAGCAGGUUCUCUAGAGUUUUCUCCUAUGGUGUUUUCUCCAGUGCCUGUAUUGUAUUGCGAUUCUAGUUGGCAUAUAAACUUAUUACACUCUCGGGGAGGGGAGCGGGAGGGACGCGAAAAGGUUCGGGAGGGAGGACUUGCAAUUUAGCGUGGGAAAGCCUGUGUAAAAAGCAUAAAAAAUACAAAAAAAAAAGGAAAAAAAAACAAGAAAGGUCAACAUUUUAUAUUCUACCCAUUGACAGAUAUUCAGGUUUAAAUCUAGUUUUAGUUGGACUUCUUAACUCUUCACCUGGAGAUUAAGGUUUUUGUUUUUUUUCCCCCUUCUUUUCUCCUUGAAGCUUGUUUUAAGAGGAUGUGUCUUGAGCAGCCGCAUACUCGUAUUCUGUGUGUAUGGAUAACCGUGUGUGUGAGUGAAUGAGGGAGUGUGUGUGUGUUGGUUUGGUCUUCAGUAUGUGGCACGGUCAAAACUUGUGCUCCUCCCCGGAGCGUUCAUAAACACUUGACAAGAACGAGUUGCUUUGCUAUCGCUUUUUUUUUUUUUUUUUUUUUUUAAAGUUGCCCCCACCCCUUUUAAUGAAGUCCACAUAAAUAAAUAUAUACGAUUAUUUCUUGCUUUUUUUUUUUUUUUGGUAAUUCGGUUUGUAAAAGGUGAAAGAAGAAACACUUCAUUCCUUCAAGCCUUUAAAUGUACUCUAUUUGUGUUUUCCUUGGUAACAGUCAGACAUUUAUGUGCCAUAGAUAUGGUUUCACCGGAGAAUGUGCUGACCUGCAUUUCAGCAGAGAGUUCGCUUUAUUCAGGUAUUUUAUUUUGUUUUAUUUCGUUUUAUUUUUUCCUUUUUUUUCCCUUUUUUUUUUUUUUUUGGUUGUGUUCAUUUCCCUCGAUUACUGUUUGGUAUGUGAGUGCGCUAUCGAGGUUAAUGAUUCUGUUAUAAUCAUGAUAUAAACUCAUCUCUUUUAUAGAAAAUUAAAAGGAAACAAAAAAAAUGUCCUUUGUCUCGUUGUCUUUAUGGUUGUUUCAUUUGCGGUUAUUUAAUCUGUUCGUGUAGCGCUGUGUCAUGACUUUGCCGGUUUUACAUUCCACUUGUUUGGAAGCAGAAGAUUCAGAUGUUGCAGUGAAAAUAAUGAGAGUAUCGUCAUUUCGUUAAAGGAAAAGCUCAAUCCUGUGAGAGUAUGAUGUAAUGCGAGUUUCAAAAGUGAUGAACCUUCAAUAAAUCAACUGUAGUUUUUCAAUAAACAGCUUUUUGUACUCUA